AUGCCAUCUGGCGACAGGGCGGCCAAGGGGUCGGACCCGCCCUGGAAGGGCCUCACCGGCGACCGCCGUGUCCAGCGCGAGUUCCGGGCGCUUCGCAAGCUCGUGGAGGAGGGCGGCGUGCCGCAGGUGGCGGACCUGGAGUACGUGAACGACUCGAUCCGCAGGUGGAGCCUGAAGCUGAAGAAUUUCGACGACGACGUGCCCGGCGGCCGGCAGCUGAACCAGGACCUGGCGCAGCUGGCGGCGCGGCACGGGCAGGACCACCUGGCGAUGGAGAUCACCUUCCCCGAGGACUACCCCCAGCAGCCGUUCUUCAUCCGUGUGGUGACGCCCCGCUGCCGGUGGUACACCGGGCACGUCACUGCUGGUGGCUCCAUUUGCAUAGAGGCGCUGACCCUGAGUGGCACUCCCAAUUCGUGGCAGCCAGACUACUGCGUGGAAUCGAUGCUGAAUAUCAUCAUCCACAACAUGAUCGACUGUGAGGUGGUCUACGUGCAGACGCCCACUGGGCCAGGCGGCCUCAGUGGCCCGCUGCGAAUCGACCUGGAGCGAAAAUACACCAGCAACGUGAUGGCACCGUAUUCUGAGUACGAAGCCCAGUCAGCCUUCAGACGGAUGGAGGCAAACCACCAGCGGCUGGGUUGGGGCCCCACAGGGGGUGCCAGUGGUUCGGGGCAGGCCAGCCGAGCCAGGAGUUCUGCCAGGCUAGCUGACAAGGCUGGAGCGGGUGGAGCACUGUUAUCAGCAAAGACAUUUGGCGGCUCCUCAAGGAGGAUGUUGAGUGGUGGGGGUUUGGGCAGAAGCCACGGGGCAUUGAGCAAGGGCGUGCCGCAACUUCCCCCACCGGCCCCGCCACCACCGCUGCGGCUGGGAACCCGAGGGGUUGAGGGAAUGGGGAUGUCCAGCUCGGGGGGCACACAGGUGGCUGCAAUGUCACCCGCAAGGAAGAGGGCCAAGGCAUGGCCUGGAGACGUGGGGGCAGGUGGCAAGGUGAUCGACCUAACGAGCACCUCACAGCAUGGCGAGCAGGCAGCAGUUGGUACGGCCACACAGCAGCAACCCGCUCACUACACAGAUACUUGCAGGCAGGGGAUGGGCAUGGAUCCCCAGAGGAUGGAGGUGGACUUCAACGAUGAGGGGCUGGUGACGAUGAUGCACAGUGGCGUCAGUUACAGCGAUGCUGUGGCAGCCCUGGGGGAGGUGGGGGGAGACCUGGAUGCUGCGGUGGCGUUCCAGAUAGAGUGCCUGGACAGAGGGGGAGCAGCUGCAGUCCUGGGAAUGAGGCGCUAG